UACUCUCCUUUUUAAAACUCCAACUCCAUUCUUUCUUCUCUAAAUUCAGCAGUGCGCCAGUGGCUGAUCUCGCCACUCUCCUCCAUGAAUGUAAAAAUGCCUUCAAAAAACUCAACAACUCUCUUAACUUCUCUAAUUCUCUCAUCUCUCAUCUUCCUCUACCUCUACUUUUCUCUCCUUUCUUUCUCUUCUCCCAACCCACUUUCAAAACCCCAAUUUAAACCCAAAUCCCACUCUCUUAAUCGCUGCAAUUUCUUCAAAGGAAACUGGGUAUUUGACCCAAAUCACAAACCCAUAUACGAUGAAACUUGCCCAUUUCACAGAAACUCCUGGAACUGCCUUAGAAACAGGAGAGAGAAAAUGGGUGUGAUUAAUUCUUGGAAAUGGGUGCCUAAAAAUUGCAGCUUGACCCAAAUUGAUCCAAUUGGAUUUCUGGGUAUGAUGAGAAAUAAGAAUAUUGGGUUUGUUGGUGAUUCUUUGAAUGAGAAUUUCUUGGUUUCUUUUCUGUGUGUUUUGAGGGUUGCUGAUAAUGGGGCUAAAAAGUGGAAAAAGAUGGGUGCUUGGAGAGGUGCUUAUUUUCCUAAGUUUAAUGUUACUGUUGCUUAUCAUCGUGCUGUUUUGCUUUCUAAAUACAAGUGGCAGCCAAAUCAGUCUGAUCAGGAUGGAGUGAAAGGCAUAUACAGAGUGGAUGUUGAUAUUCCUGCAGAUGACUGGGUCCAGAUCACUAAAUUUUAUGAUGUCCUUGUUUUCAAUACUGGCCACUGGUGGGGUCCUCAUAAAUUCCCAAAAGAGACACCUCUUGUGUUCUAUCGGAGAGGCAAGCCUAUCCUUCCCGCACUUGAGUUUUCGGAUGGACUUAAGAUUGUCUUGCAAAAUACAAUCUCAUACAUAGAAAAGGAAGUUCCUAGUUCUACACUCAAGUUUUGGCGGCUGCAGUCACCAAGACACUUUUUUGGUGGAGAGUGGAAUCAAAAUGGUAGUUGCUUGUUUGAUGAACCUCUUGAAGAUUCGCAGCUUGACUUGUGGUUUGAUCCGGUUAACAAUGGAGUCAACAAAGAGUCGAGAGACCUUAAUCAAGUGAUUGAAAAGGCAUUACAAGGAAGGAACAUUCAAACGCUUGACUUGACUCAUCUAAGUGAAUACCGAGCAGAUGCUCAUCCAGCCAUCUGGCUUGGAAAGAAGGACGCAGUUGAGGUAUGGGGCCAGGACUGCAUGCAUUGGUGCCUUCCUGGUGUUCCUGACACAUGGGUGGAUAUAUUGUCAGAAUUGAUUCGCUACAAUUUUGUCGAUUGAAUGGUUAAUGUGAAAAGAUUACGAGCAAUCAUAGCAAAGUAAACAAUUCAAUUUGUUUAUGGCUCUUGAAGGGGAUUUCUGUUGAAGAUCCCUUUCCUUGAAAUGUGUCCUUUCAUCUUCGGUGUCAACAGUCUGAUGCAAAUUCAAGGAUCACGAAACGGGUUUUGAUCAACUCAUGGACCUAAAGACACUAGUAUGAAACAUCUCUUUAAUUGCAGGUGCUCAACAUCUGAUAUCAGCUCCCGAAGCUUAAAAUUUUGAGCUCAAUGAUGCAUUAUUCAUUCCGGAUUUUACUUAUUCAUGCAACUGAUCUGCUGGAAGUUUAUGAAGUAGAUUAAGUUACUGCAAUUAGAUGAUUUAUUCAUAGGUUCAGUAUAUACAUAAAUUCAUAUUUUAGCUUUAUGUUACCCAGGAAAUGUAAAGGCCUUCUUUGUAAAGCUUGUUUCAAUAUGUUAAAAGCUAGAUUUUGCAGGCAACUAUAAUACAAUAAUGUAAUGAGCUGUUAAGAUUUUUUUUUUGGCAAUACACAAUAAUUAAGUUGAUUUUA